GACCCUGCCCAACAAACGAACCCGGCCCUGCCCACCCCCGCACCCUGAGAACAACCCCAGCGGCCUCCCCUUUUUUCCCUGCAGUACGAGGCUGGACUCUUGAGGGUGAUGAAAGCCCUUCCACCACUCCUCCCCUCCCCGAGAUGUAUUUGCUACGGAGAAACGCCGCUCAGCCAGGGGCAUGGUGCUGGUUCUGGGCGCCAACGCGCGGAUUGUCGGUGGUGUGCCCGUAGGGAGCGGCUGUUUGCUGUGGUCGGCGGAGUGAGGAGCAGAGUGGCGCCAGUCCACGCCGACGGCCCGGGACGUCGCUCGCCGUCAUAACGUCGACAGCCGCCAGCGUUGAAGUUGCGCGGAGGAAAGGCGGUGGGGGGAGCAAGCGAGGAGAGGGGGGGCGGACAGGCUAAAUAGGCGACCGAUCCGGGUGGUGGGAGGCGGGGUGCGCGCCUCUUCUCGACGCGACCGCAACGACAGCAGCCGAAGGGAGGUGCCGGUUUUGGGCGGCCACGGGGGUCCACGUGAGCCCGUCGCCGCAGACAUGAGCGUCGGCAACGGGAGCGACGCGGCAGCGGGGGGCAGCCUCUACGACGACAACUGCACCUUCGACGAGGAGUUCAAGUACAUCCUGCUGCCCGUCUCCUACAGCCUGGUGUUCGUCCUGGGCCUCGUGCUCAACUGCCUCUCCCUGUGGAUGUUCAUUUUCAAGAUCCGCCCGUGGACGCCGGCGACCGUGUUCAUGUGCAACCUGUCCGUCUGCGACACGGUGUACGUUGUGUCGCUCCCGCUGCUCGUGCACUACUACGCGAACCGCAACAACUGGGUGUUCGGCGAGUUCAUGUGCAAGGCGGUGCGCUUCCUCUUCUACAGUAACUUGUACGGCAGCAUCGCGUUCCUCACCGUCAUCAGCCUGCACCGCUACCUGGGCGUGUGCCACCCAAUCCGCUCGCUCUCGUGGCGCAAGAACAGCCGGGCGCGCGUGGUGAGCGCCGUCACCUGGCUGGUCGUCAUCGCGCACAUGGCGCCGGUGCUGUUCUUCGUCUCCACCAGCCGCUGGGGCAACGAGACGAUCUGCCACGACACGGCCAAGCCGGAGCUGUUCGACAACUUCGUCGCGUACAACCACGUGCUCUUCGUCACCCUCUUCGCGCUGCCCUUCUCAGUCAUCCUCGUGAGCUACGUGGCCAUCAUCCGCACGCUCCGCCGCUCCGCCACGUCGGGCGUCCGCACGUGGACGGCGUACAAGCGGCGCUCGCUGCGCAUGAUCGUGCUCGUGCUCGCCGUGUUCGCCGUGUGCUUCGUGCCGUUCAACGUGACGCGCACCGCCUACUACGUGCUCCGGCAGCAGGAGGCCGCCUGCGCGACGCUCAACGCCAUCAACAUGGCGUACAAGAUGACGAGGCCGCUCGCCUCCGUCAACAGCUGCCUCGACCCGAUCCUCUACCUGCUCGCCGGCGACCUGUACCGCCGCAGCGUGACGCGGGCGAACGCGGCCCGGUGCACGCGCCCCGGCGGCAGCGAGCCCUCCAGGGUCAAGAAGUCGUCGUCGUCCGACGGCGAGGAGAAGAAGGCGAAGGCGAUGGAGGCGGAGAAGGGGCAGGAGAAGGCGAAGGAGAUGCCGAGCUUGGAAGGCGGCCCGGCGGGAGGCGCCGGCUGGGUGGUCGAGCGUGGGGCUAACGGAGGCGCCAACGGGACUCGCGGCCAGCCGCACUUCAACUCGAGGGUGAGCACGGUGAGCACCGUGGACGGGAACUUCAUGUGAGAGAGACGCGGCGUGGCACAGAGAGACACUGCCGGGGUGGUGUCGUGGGUUGGUCGUUUUCUUUUUUUUGCCACCAGGUAAGGCCCACCGAGCUACGUAGCUCUUUUCCAGAAGCGACCUGGCUAUCACAAAUGCGAGCUCAACGAAGCGGCCUGUCACGCUGAACUUUAUAGCAGCCAAAUAGCCUUGCACACCCACGACCUCCUGUACACCAGGCGAGGUAGUUAACAUCUAACCGCCGCAGCGCCCCUUGCUCUUCGUGCCGCUGCCGAUGCACGGAGUCGCCCCGGGGACUCGACCGGCGUCCUCACAAAUUCGGGUGCCAGGCUGAGUGCAGCCUGGACGGGUGUCGCUGCAGGGCCACUGCAGGGCCGCGAUGUCGGCAAGAAGGAGAAGUGGAGCAAUAUUCAUCGUUCUGCAUUGUGCUCCAACGUCUAUAUCCCCCCCCCCCCCGCCUUCACCAACCCGCACUGACCAGGGUGGUGAAGUAUGGUCAAAUAGCCCCAUCCCCCACGCCCCGCACAGCAUGGGGGGGGCGGCACGAUGAAUGGGCGGCACGUCCACACAAAGCGGCCGCGUGCCGGCGGACGUUGUCGAAUUACGACGUGGGUUUAUAUCGUGGUGUAUAUUUCAGUGUGAAUACCGUACAUGUAUAGUUCAUGUAUAUAGCGCGUGUGUCAUAUGUGUGGUGCGUGUGUGAGUGAUGCUAACUGGAGCCAAGUUCUCGGUGGGUUUAGAACCACACGUGACGUCGGUGCCGCUGGGGUUGAAAGCAAUGAAAACUUGAAAACGGACUCCUUGUGUUUUAUUGGGGUUUCAAGAAAAAGUCGCUCACGACGACAGGUCUGAGCCUAAAUUUCAAGUGAUUUUUUUAAAAAAAUACGCUUAUUUAACAAAUGUACAAUUAAUAAGACUGUGACCAAAUCGCCCUAUCCCUUUGAGACCGUAGAAGUCUCGCUGGGGUUGUGAGCCUGGAUAGUGCUGCAUUUGGCGAGCGCAGAGAUGCUGCGAUGAUAUUUGAUGAUAAUAAUAAUAGACAAUUGAGUUUGUAACGAUCUGGUGUGAUGUGUUGCUAAAUAUUGCAAGACAGCUAAUAUUAUGGCCUUAACUCGUUGGUUUUUUCGCAGCCUAAUCUUAUGAUUCGUGAUUGAUUUUUUUUGGGGGGGGGGGAUUUAAGCCACUUAAUUAUCUGGCCAAAUGUGUAUCGUUAAGGCCCCCUGCAGUUAAAUUUGGUGGUGAGGAUUUAUGUUCAGCUUGCCAGCCGCUAAGCCCAGACAAAGUUGAUAAUAAUUGGCGCGUCGCGACACGUUUCAUUUGCUUGGGCUGUCUCGGUUGGUGGAAGGUAUUGACAACACGCAAAUUUGCUCAAGUCCUUGUUUACGUGGCCUCACCCAAAGAUAAUUGAUUGCGAAAUUCAUCAGAAAUCUGUCCAUGGUGUAGGUGUCAUGUUUGUCACAAUGCAUCCACUUAUAUUUGUGUACGUGUGUACACAUGAUGGUCAUUUAGAUCGUCAUGCGGUCAUACCUUGUACUCGUGUACAGUUCAUAACACAUCGGAGAGCUUGUGUUUGUAAAGUGCCGUAUGGCGGAGUCGAUGUCAAACAUUGACAACUCUGUGAAAGGCAACUUUCUCACGUAAUUUAAAUGAUUUUACAAUGACUUUACCACAGCCCGUGUAAGUUGGAGGUUCGAGUUAUUGAAUUUAAACGUGGUCGGUAUUUUUUGUCGUUGCGAUUUUUAAAUAGUGCGCGAGAUGCGGUUAAUUUGUUGACCUCAAAGGGAGAGCAGUGAGAGCAGUGAGCACUCUUGACGAAGCGGCGUCCCAUUGAAGUGCAAUUCACUUGGUCCAUCAUCACCAUCAACAACAACAACAACCCGUCAUUCACCACCAAGUGGCGGUGGCGUCACCAAGACGCUUGUGCCAGGCUAUGUGCACGUUGAGG